AUGAGCGGGAGACUCUUCUCCCACGGCGCCGCCGUGCUGGCCAGGAGAAGCCUUCUGGCUCGCCAACUGCACAAUGUCGGAACGAGGACCGGCGGUCUGCUACGCUCGCAGGGCGCGGUGGGUCUCCGCGGCAUGCUGUGGCAACUCCGCGCCAAUUGGAUUCACAAUGUCCCCGUCGCGCGAACCAUCUCCUUCGCCCGUGUGCUCCCCAAGUUGGCUCUGAAGUUUGCGAGGAUACCGGCGAUGUUUGGCGGUGCCAUGGUUGCUGGUCUGGCCUAUAUACAGUACCAGGCCGCCCAGGCCGGGAAUUAUGCCCUAGAUAUUGUUAAACAAGCGGGCGAAACUGCGAGCGGAGUGGCACUAGGCAUCUUCCACAAUAUCCAGGAUGUCGCUGAACAGACGAAUCGGGGGUGGCAACGGACAAAAGCCGGCGUUGAAUUGCCAGAGUGGGCGCAGAAGAUCCUCUGGUUAAACGAACAGGCGGAAUCCGGGGGUGGAGGUUCCUCGGGAGGCGGAGGUGGCUCCCCGAAGGAGAGCAAGGCCGGUGCGGCUGCCGUGGCUGGCGUCGCAGCGGGCGCCGCACUGGACCAUGACUCCGACGAUAGCUUGGCUACCGAAAGGAAGAAUGCGAUCGACGACCAGAUGAUGAUAUUGACGAGGAAAAUGAUCGAGAUUAGAAAUAUGUUACAGCGAGUUGGCCAGUCUAACGCGUUGACUUUGCCAUCGAUUGUGGUGAUAGGAUCCCAGUCGUCUGGGAAAAGUUCUGUUUUAGAGGCGAUUGUUGGCCACGAGUUCCUGCCCAAGGGAUCGAACAUGGUAACAAGACGGCCUAUUGAACUGACUCUGGUGAAUACGCCAAAUUCUCAGGAUGAGUAUGGUGAGUUCCCGGCUCUUGGACUUGGGAAGAUUACCGAUUUCAGUCAGAUUCAACGCACGUUGACGGAUCUCAAUCUUGCGGUUUCGGAAAAGGAUUGCAUCUCGGAUGAUCCGAUUCAGUUAUCUAUUUCCUCUCCCCACAUCCCCGAUCUUUCCCUCAUCGAUCUUCCCGGCUAUAUCCAGGUUGCUGGCCGUGACCAGCCUCCAGAGCUGAAACAAAAGAUUUCCGAUCUGUGCGACAAGUACAUCCAGGCUCCUAAUAUCAUCCUCGCUAUUUCUGCAGCGGAUGUGGACUUGGCCAAUUCCACUGCUCUCAGAGCUUCACGACGAGUUGAUCCCCGUGGAGAACGAACUAUUGGCGUCAUCACCAAGAUGGACCUGGUUGAUCCAGAGAGAGGAGCAAGUAUUCUUGCUGAUAGGAAAUAUCCUCUCCGACUAGGUUAUGUAGGCGUUGUUUCUAGAAUCCCUCAUACAGCCGGGCUAUUCUCCCGAGGAAGUGGAAACCUUACGAACGCGAUUAUCAAAAAUGAAAACGCUUUUUUCAACAGUCAUCCCAAGGAGUUUGGUGCGGAGUCUGAACUCUCCGUUGGAACUACCACUCUGCGAAAGAAGCUGAUGCAUACUUUGGAGCAAUCCAUGGCAGCAAGCCUCGCCGGAACUCGCGAUGCUAUCAUCCAGGAGCUCGAAGAAGCCACUUACGAGUUCAAAGUCCAGUACAACGACCGCCCAUUGAGCGCUGAGUCCUAUCUCGCAGAGAGCUUGGACAGUUUCAAGCACUCAUUUAAAGAGUUUAGUGAAAAUUUUGGCCGUCCUCAGGUUCGCGAGUUACUGAAGAACGAACUCGACCAGCGUGUGCUAGAUAUCCUCGCGCAGAGAUAUUGGAAUAAACCUGUUGAUGACCUUUCCCCACCGGUCCCCGAACCAGAUCCUCUCUCUGAUCUCCCAAGAGCAGAUCCUGAAUCUCUAUAUUGGCAUCGGAAACUAGACGCGUCCUCAUCCGCCCUGACAAAACUAGGCAUCGGCCGUCUAGCAACGACAACUGUAGCAAAUGCGCUACAAAACCAUGUUGAUGACCUCAUCGCUUCCUCGACGUUUGCCGCUCACCCAUAUGCGCAGAAGGAAAUAGCAGAUGCUACAUCCAGUAUCCUCAAUGACCGGUUUUUCAGCACGAGCGAUCAAGUUGAGAAUUGCAUUAAGCCGUACAAAUUCGAAAUCGAAGUUGAUGAUCUGGAAUGGGUUAAGGGGAGAGAAAAUAUUGGGAAUGUGUUAAAAGAAGAGUUGAAGGCUUGCGGUCAUGCCUUAAAGCAUGUGGAAGAUGAUAUAGGAAAGCGGAAGUUGAAGGAUGUUAUGGGUUUUAUUGACAAGGUGCGGAAAGGAGAUACAACGAUCGAGGGAGAUGGUUCGGGUGGUGCGGGCGGAUUCAGCGCUGCAUUGCUGCAGAAAGGUCGCGAAGCCGUCUUCCUCCGCGACCGCGCCGAUCUCCUAAAAAUGCGCCUCCUGGCCAUCCGCUCCAAACAAUGCUCCACAAAAAGAAACAAAUACUACUGUCCCGAAGUCUUCCUCGACGUCGUCGCCGACAAACUAACCGCCACUGCCGUUCUCUUCCUAAACGUGGAGCUCCUCUCGGAAUUCUACUACAACUUCCCCCGCGAGCUCGAUCUGCGACUGGGCCGGCACUUGUCUGCUUCGGAAAUCGAGCGUUUCGCGCGAGAGGACCCGCGCAUCCGCAGGCAUCUGGAUGUUAUUCAGAAGAAGGAGAUGCUUGAGUUGGUCCUUGAGAAGAUUGAAAGUUUGAGACAGUUGGAAGGUCGGAGUAAGGCGGCCGUGCAUCAGGUGGGACCGGGGAAGGAGAGGUCGAAGGGAUGGAGGUUGUUCUAA